CAUGGCGGCGGGCGGCCGUGGCUGGUUCCGGGUGCUGGCGCUCGGCGUGUCCUUCCUCAAGUGCCUCCUCAUCCCCGCCUAUUACUCCACAGAUUUCGAAGUCCAUAGGAACUGGCUUGCCAUCACCCACAACUUGCCCCUCUCUCAGUGGUACUAUGAGGCGACCUCGGAAUGGACCCUGGAUUAUCCACCAUUUUUUGCUUGGUUUGAAUAUGUGCUUUCUCACAUUGCCAAGUACUUUGACCCCCAGAUGUUGGUUGUUGAAAACUUGAAUUACACCAGUCGUGCAACUGUCUUCUUCCAAAGGCUUUCUGUCAUCUUUACAGAUACCCUCUUCAUAUAUGCAGUUCAUGAGUGCUGCAGAUGUAUAAAUGGAAAACGAGCUGCAAAGGAUAUCCUGGAAAAACCAACAUUUAUUCUUGCUGUUCUGCUCUUGUGGAAUUUUGGGUUGUUAAUUGUGGAUCAUAUUCACUUCCAGUACAAUGGCUUCCUCUUUGGGCUGAUGCUUCUUUCUGUUGCUCGGCUGUGUCAGAAAAGGUAUUUGGAGGGUGCUCUUCUUUUUGCUGUUCUUCUGCAUUUCAAGCACAUCUACGUGUAUGUGGCCCCAGCAUAUGGCAUUUAUUUGUUACGAUCCUACUGCUUUACUGCAAAUAAUGCAGAUGGAUCCCUGAAAUGGAGAAGUUUCAGCUUUCUUCAUGUAACUCUUCUGGCACUGAUUGUCUGUCUUGUUUCUGCUCUUUCACUGGGACCCUUCCUAGUAUUGGGUCAGCUGCCUCAAGUCAUUUCACGGCUCUUCCCUUUCAAGCGAGGUCUCUGCCAUGCCUAUUGGGCCCCCAACUUCUGGGCUUUGUAUAAUGCCAUGGACAAAGCACUGACAAUUCUUGGGUUAAAGUGCAAUUUUCUUGAUGGUACAAAAAUCCCUAAAGCCUCCAUGACAGGAGGGCUGGUUCAAGAGUUUCAGCACACUGUCCUCCCUUCAGUGACUCCACUGGCAACAUUAAUCUGUACUUUCAUAGCUAUAUUGCCCUCUGUUUUCUGUCUUUGGUUUAAACCUCAAGGGCCCCGAGGCUUUCUACAGUGCCUUGUUCUUUGUGCAUUGAGCUCCUUCAUGUUUGGCUGGCACGUGCAUGAGAAAGCAAUACUCCUUGCUAUUCUGCCUUUAAGCUUAUUGUCUAUUCAGAGAGCCAAGGAUGCUGGCAUCUACUUGAUUCUGGCAACAACAGGGCAUUUCUCACUUUUUCCAUUGUUGUUCACAACACCAGAACUUCCAAUUAAAAUACUGCUUAUGCUGUUGUUUACUGUUUAUAGCUUCUCUUCAUUGAAAUCUCUGUUCAGGAGAGAGAAACCUCUACUUAACUGGCUUGAAACAAUCUACCUCAUCCAACUCGUGCCCUUGGAAAUCUUCUGUGAAAUCAUAUUUCCCCUGACCCCCUGGAAGCAGCACUUCCCUUUUGUCCCCCUGUUGCUGACCUCUGUGUACUGUGCUCUGGGAAUCACAUACGCUUGGCUGAAACUCUACAUCUCUGUCUUGACUGAGAGAACUCCUGUCAGACAAAAGGCUGAGUAAAGCCACAGUGCUGGGACCAGUCCCAGGAUACCCCUUG